ACAUAAUUUAAAACUUCAUAAUCUGUCGCAUGUAUGAUGCAAUAUUGUACGACAAUGUCUUCAGAAACUACUUAAAAGAUUUAACCAUAAGUGGGAUAUCUCCCACAAUCACAAGACCGGUGUAUAUAUCCGCCAUGCUAUCAAUUUUUGGGUUAUUCCAUUACCAGAGCUCACUGCGAACGGUUGAAUUUAAUUCGAGAAUUUUCGUAUUCCAAAAUAUGGUGAAAGUAAAAGCUCAAACAACAUAACAAUGAUAAGCUGGUGGAAAGCUUCGGCACUAUAUAACGGCGACCAAUUCGUAACUACGAAUUAUUCCGCUAGAAACGCUCGCGAGAACGUUUGGUCCCUCAACCAUAAACAAAAUUUCUAAAUACUUGUGAAAAUGGCGAGCAAUCAGUUCUUGACUCUUAACAGCGGCCAUAAAAUGCCCAUCAUUGGCCUUGGUACCUGGCAGGCAUCUGAUGAAGAAGUCGAAGCCGCAAUCGAUGUCGCUCUUGAGGCGGGCUACAGACAUAUCGAUACGGCGCCAAUCUACCGCAAUGAGAAGGCCAUUGGACGUGUCCUUAAACGUUGGCUGGAUGCCGGCAAAGUGAAGCGUGAGGAGCUCUUCAUUGUGACCAAACUGCCACCCACAGCCAAUCGCGCAAGUGAUGUGGCCGCAACUAUUAAGAAAUCGCUGGCUGAUCUGCAGCUGGACUACGUGGACAUCUACCUCAUUCACACCCCCAUCUCCGUUUUGACCAAUGAAGAUGGCAGCAUUAAGUUGGAUGCGGAUGGAAUAAUGGAACCUGAUUUAACAUCUGAUAUUACCACCACAUGGACCGAAAUGGAGAAAGUGGUGGCCAGUGGUCAGGCCAAGUCCAUUGGUGUUUCCAACUUUGAUCAGGAGCAGUUGGAGCGAGUGCUCAAAAUCGCCAAGAUUCGUCCAGCUACCAAUCAGUUCGAACACCAUGUCUACCUGCAACAACGCGACCUCGUUGACUUCUGCAAAGCGCAGGGCAUCGUCGUCACAGCUUAUUCUCCUCUUGGUUCCAAGGGUAUUGCCAAGUACAACGCUGUCGUAGGAUUGGUGCGUGAUUUGCCCGAUCUGAUGGACAUUCCCGACGUCAAACAGAUUGCCGCUGCCCAUGGCAAGACCCCAGCUCAAGUGCUUCUCCGCUGGAUCAUUGACCGCGACAUCGUCGUCAUCCCCAAGAGCACGAAUCCAGAGCGCUUGAAGCAGAACCUUGAUGUGUUUGACUUUAAGCUAACGGCAGAGGAAUCUGCCAAGCUCUCCAAGCUUGAUCAGAACUUCCGCGUCUGUGAUUUUUCUUUGCUCCGUGGUUGCGAGCGUCAUCCUGAGUUCAGAUUCAAGAACCAAUACACUAAGUAAACUGCAUUUAACUUGUUAGUCAUUCUUAUUUAUUCAAAAUAAAACAUUCGCUUUUAUAUAGACUGAUA